UCGGGAAGUCCCGGCUGGGAAGACGUCGCACCCGGAAGUGAAGCGGCUCCGCGACGGAGCGGCAGGGCGCGCGGCAGUGCCCCAAGUAUCCCGCUUUCUCGGGAAGAAACCAUCGCAUCGGGUCAGCGCUGAGGCAGGCGAGUCCCUAGCGUGUAGGGGCAGCAUGCCAGCGGCACGUGGGGAGACUGUGCGCGAAGGGAUUCAGGCUGUAAUUUGAUACGCAGAUGGGAACUACAAUAUCCGUGGUGCUUCACGCCCUUCUAGCUGGCGCUCCCGCGCGGCGACGGCCUGAUGCACGCUGGGAUUUGUAGUCUAUUACACGGCCUUGCGCAUCCUACCUGGAAGGUGGGCCAGUGAUCAGUGCCAGUUCAGAUGCGGGUACAGGCCGAGAGGCCGCCGGUCCUCGACUAUUCCUGGUGCCUGUGUUGGUACUGCCCCUUCUUACCUUAACGUCUUGGAAGAGAGUGGCAUUCCUGCCCUGCAACUUUUGCUCCAGUGAGAGGAGUGGACAGCAGGCACCUGAGACCCUUGCUCAUUCUACUAUGCUUUCAGGCUACAGCCAUUGGCCUGGUUGACCAUGGCCCUUUCUGUGGAGACCGAGUCGCACAUCUACAGAGCUCUGCGCACUGCCUCUGGGGCUGCUGCCCACCUUGUGGCCCUGGGUUUUACCAUCUUUGUGGCUGUGCUUGCCAGGCCUGGCUCCAGUCUGUUCUCCUGGCACCCCAUGCUUAUGUCUCUGGCUUUCUCCUUCCUGAUGACCGAGGCACUGCUGGUGUUCUCUCCGGAGAGUUCGCUGCUGCGCUCCCUCUCACGGAAGGGCCGAGCACGCUGCCACUGGGUGCUGCAGCUGCUGGCCCUGCUGUGUGCACUGCUGGGCCUAGGUCUUGUCAUCCUCCACAAGGAACAGCUUGGCAAAGCCCACCUGGCCACGUGGCAUGGGCGGGCAGGGCUGAUAGCUGUGCUGUGGGCAGGCUUACAAUGCUCGGGUGGGGUGGGGCUGCUCUACCCUAAACUGCUGCCCCGAUGGCCCCUGGCUAAGCUCAAGCUGUACCAUGCCACUUCUGGGCUAGUGGGCUACCUUCUGGGUAGUGCUAGCCUCUUGUUGGGCAUGUGUUCACUCUGGUUCACCGCCACAGUCACUGGUGGGGUCUGGUAUCUGGCUGUGCUGUGCCCUGUCAUUACCAGCUUGGUCAUCAUGAAUCAGGUGAGCAACGCCUACCUGUACCGCAAAAGGAUCCAGCCAUGAGCUCCUCUCAGCCUAGAAGCCUGGAUAUGCCCCUCAGUGUAGUAGCUGGGGCUGGGACCUCCUGGAUUCUCUCAGCUGACUAAGUCAUGGGGACACCUCAGGCACUGGAGCAGUCUAGAAUAGGAGUCUUGUGUGUGACAUUUUUGCUUGCUCCUCAUCCUGGAGUGCUUCCCCUUUCCUUCUGUACUGUCCCAGAGGAGCUUAUGGAUGAUGUGUCCAGAUGAAGUUGGGGUUACAAGACUACUUCCCCGGCAACUCAACUCAUACUUGUACUGGUAUGUCCAGAAAUUACAGGAGACAAAAAGGCAAAAUAAAAAAGAAUGACUGAAAAGA